AUGGAUUAUCUCUCCCAACCCGGGUUCCUCAGCGUCAUCGCUGGAGUGGCGUGCGGAGUGUGCCUGGGAUGGAGCGUUCGUGGGAGGCUUUUAAGGCCCAAAGCCGGAAUGACUGUGGCUGCGACCAACCUGGGGACCAAAGCGAACAUCAUGGGGGAGUCCGGGGAGUUCAAGAUGGUGCUGAUUGUCCGCAGUGAUUUGAAGAUGGGAAAGGGGAAAGUGGUAGCACAGUGUGCCCAUGCUGCUGUUUCUGCCUACAAGCAAGUUCAGAGAAAAAAUCCUGAAAUCCUGGAACAGUGGGACGACUGCGGGCAACCUAAAGUGGUCCUCAAAACUCCCGAUGAAGAGAGUCUGCUCCAACUCCUGGUUGAUGCCAAAAACCUGGGAUUGACUGUGAGCUUAAUACAAGAUGCAGGUCGUACUCAGGUAGCUCCAGGCUCCCGGACAGUCCUGGGAAUUGGACCGGGACCCGUUGAUGUAGUAGAUAAAGUUUCUGGUCACCUGAAACUCUUCUAA